GAACAAAUGCAAGGGUAGGGUGGUGGUGGUAAAUGUUGGGGCAGGGAGAGAGGAAGGAAAGGCAUUCCAGAAUAAGCAAACUGUAAACAGCACAUGAAAAGGCAGAGUGAGUGGUUGUAAACCUGCAACCAAAGCUGAGGUUUCCUCCAUUUAUUUCAAAGCCCUUCAUAAUGUCUAUUGAAAGAGGGAGUUUUUAAAAACAAGCAACUCUAAUGACUAUAAAACUUAAAAUAUGUGUGAAUGCUAAUAAUUACUUUCCCAUAUUUUGGGGUUAUUAUUUUAUUAUUAACUGUAAGUACCUAUCUUCUAGUAUGAACCAUUCUGUGAUUCAAUUGCUUAUAUUCAAAGAGAAUUUUGGUCACAGCACCAGAUGGAAAGCUUCAUAGAAAAAAUCUAUUUUAAUAAACAAUAAUAGUUUGCUUUAGGGUUUCCUGAUUACAGAACCAGAAUAAAAGGAGCAUAGAAGCUGUAAGAAAAUCAUUAAAUACUAAUGAAUUUUGAAGGCCUCUUAGAAUUUAGUUGUUUAUAGCUUUUACGUAACACCAAAUCAUUCCCAUUAGUCCACAUACACUUAAAAAUCACCUGAGAUUAGUUUUAAAACUAUAUAUUCGCUUGUACCCCAACUAGGCAUUAUUCAAAAAUAAUUUAAAAGGCAUUCUAGUGUACUGCACUUAUUCUUAGAAUGAGACAAAAAUGUAACAUCCUGCUACUGCUUCAAAGUUUCGGAAAAGCGGGAUUUCAAACUUUCCGCUAGCAACCCUGACUGUAGGUCAAGUCAAAUCCCCAGCCGAGCACCCCGUGGCGUUCCGGUUAACAGGGAGCAUACAGGCCUCUUCUGUUGCUAGGAGAACCUUCUAUUUCUGGGGCAGAAAGCGCAACCCUGACGGCGCAGCGCGUGCGCCCACCGAGCAAUACGCCGCGGGCCCAUGUCCUCUCGGACGGGUCUAAUGGCUGCGGGGUCCUCCCUCGCGCCGGUCCUUAGGGUCAGCCCGCUGGCCGGAAGGCGGGGCUCAGGGAUGGCGGGUCGCCUCCCUUGUCCCCGAGACCGAGUGCUUCCGCCACCCCUGCUCCCCAGCUGCGUUUUAAAACCUGCAGUAAAAAAUGUCGAGCAACGCCACGUCGCACAAACGAGAGUUGGGGGGGUCAGUGUGUGUGAUGUCCCCAAAUGGGUCAGAAACUCGAGAGUCGGGGGUCGUCGGCAGCUCACCCGCUCAUCCCGUCUAGGCCGGAGAGAGCCGGCCCGGGGGGGAGGGGGUGUCGCAGGAGGCAGCGGGGGUGCGCGGAGGCUCCCCUCCCCCGCCCAACGCGCCGCGGGGGCUAGAGGAGGCAAGGACGCGGCGACCGGGCUAAGACGGGCUCUCCUAGGAGACCGGCCCCGCAACAAGAUGGCGGACGAUAAAGAAAGGGAAGGCACAGAAUUAGCAGUAGCAGAAUUUCACAAAAAAAUCAAAGAAGCUUUUGAAGUGUUUGACCAUGAGUCGAAUAAUACAGUGGAUAUGAGAGAGAUUGGAACAAUUAUCAGGUCACUAGGAUGCUGCCCUACUGAAGGAGAGCUACAUGAUCUGAUUGCAGAGAUAGAGGAAGAAGAACCCACUGGAUACAUUCGAUAUGAGAAGUUUCUUCCAGUGAUGACCAAGAUACUACAGGAAAGAAGAUACAGACCAAUUCCAGAAGAUAUCCUCCUUCGAGCUUUUGAGGUAUUAGAUCAGUCUAAAUGUGGGUUUCUUACUAAGGAAGAACUGAUCAAGUAUAUGACAGAAGAAGGUGAACCUUUUUCUCAGGAGGAAAUGGAAGAAAUGUUGUCUGCUGCAAUUGAUCCAGAAUCGAAUUCAGUUCAUUACAAGGACUAUAUAACAAUGAUGGUGAUAGAUGAUAAUUAAAUGCUCCAAAGACUUAAUUUCUAAUUGAAAGGAUAAUAUUAAAAAUCGCUUGACCUUGUUAAUUUCACAUUUUAUCUUUUAACUCCUGCAUAUGCUUAUUCAUAACUUGUGACAACUGUUUCAAGAUAUUUUGUUUUUUAAAGGUGAUCAUAACAGUUUAAAACAAACUAUUGAGUAUGUCCAGCUUUAUGGAAUGACAAAUUUCUAGUUAUCCUAAAACUAUUCUUAAAACAUUUUAACAUUCUUAUUGUUAUUGUUAAUUUUCUACCAUAAAACCAAGAUUACCUUCAAAUUAGUUAAGCUGACAAAAUGAAGAAUUAUCAGAAUGACCCAAGGUAUGGUAGUAAACAUCUUGGGAGCAGCCAGAAUGACCACACAUUGAAAAUAAGUACUGAUGUGAUGAGAGCUGCUUUAAACAACAGACACUUAAGCCAUCUGAAUGUGGAAGGAGAGUUAUUGAAAUGAGCAGUAAUAAUUAAUUCCUUAUGAGAGCCAAUUACAAGUCUCAUUUGAGAUGAUAACUUAGUGUAAAAAUUUAAACUUGCUGAUGUAGCAUGUUAACAUUUAUGGAAUAGAAAGUUGAUAUAAUUUAUCUAGAGACAAGAAGACAAGGGAAUUGAUAAUGUAAGCAAGUGGCCCUUCUCUUCUGGCUUUGGAAUGCUUACCUACUCAGGGUACAUGUCAUGACAGUAUUAUCCUCAAUAGUGGGUAAGAAUUUGGAGAUUUUAUGGUGGCAGGAAGUGAUGGAAGAGCUGAAUAAAGUUAUAUGACCACAAGAAAUCACAACAGAAAAAGACAUGGACCUACAAACAAGGGGGAAAAUAGGUAAAGGAGAAGUGAAUAAUCUUCCAUAACAUGUAUAUUCUUUCAUAUGUGCACACAUGCGUACACAGUGAUCUCUAUUUAAAGAUGCAUCACCUCUACAUGUGUGUUUAUGCACAUAAACAUUGAAUGUAGCUUGUGAUUCUUCCUCACAGGCAUGUCUUGCCCCCCCAAGAGAGGGGGCUGCUUUCAUAGGCUAUUUGUUACUAUUUAUUCAUUCAUUCAUGCAACAUUUACUGAGUAUUAUUAGAUAAUGUUCUAAGAAUUUCAGUUGCAAGGCGAAUCAGUCCCUAAAUAAUUGAGGUCACCGUUUAGUGAGGGAGACCUGUCAGUCAGCCAGCAAUCACAUUCCAGACAGAGGCACAUUCAGGGUACCAUGGAAGCAUGUCAGAGGGGCAGCUAACUCAGCUGGGGAGGACUUCCUGGGAGACGAGAGAUUCUAGUGAGUAGAGAAGCCUUCCCAGAACAGGUAACACCGACUUAAAGUCUACAGACAGUUUACUAGGUGGGCAGCAAGGGCACAGGGUACUUCAGCAGGAGAGCUGCAAAUACAACAGACUCAGAGGUAUCAGGAAUCAGGAAAUGAUCUGACAGUUUAAAGCAGUUCAGUAUGUUUGGUGCAUAGAAGAUCUUGGAGAUGUGAUCAGAGAGGAGAUUGGAGCCUAGAUGGGAGUGGCAUCAUUAGGGACAUUGGUUUGGGUGUGCAGUUUGGGCUUUAAUGUUAAAAUUUGACACUUCUUCUGAAGAUCAGAGAGAAAGAAAGACCAUUUGUAGAUAGCGCAGAAAGUAGACUUGAAGAGUCAAAUCUAAAAGUAGGGAGACCAGGUAGGCAAUUUGGUUGUUGGGAGGAGAUAGAUUGGGAAAAGUCAAGAGUGAGUGCCAGGUUUCUAGCUAGGACAGUGGGUGGAUGCUAGUGCCAUUCACUCAGAUAAGAAAUCCAAAAAGCAAGUCCAGGUUGGUAGGCAAAAUGAUGAGUUUGGCUGUGGCCAUCUUGGGGCUGAGAAGCUAGUGAGACAUGAUGGGGAAACAUCUGAUAAUCGGUUGGAGAAAUAGGAGGAAGAUCUGGCUAAAGACAUGGAUUUUGCAGUUCUCCACAUAUAAGUAGUACUUAGUGCCUUGGGAGGAAAAGAGAAGCAGGUCAACAGAACGAAGGCAGACAUCAGCAUGUAAGGGGAGGCAGAGGAAGAGGAGACCAGGAGGGAGAAGCCUGCGAGGAGGGAGAGCAGGUGGGGAGGCCUCACGAAGGGGCAGUAACCAGCCAUGUCAGCUGUCACAGAGGUGAGGUAAACUACACAUGGAAAAUGCCCAUUAGUUUCAGCAGCCAGAAGUUCAUGGGUGACCGAGGCAGGGGCAGAUUUGGUGACUGCCAGGGAGCAGAGCUCAGUGGGUAAGGACUGGAUGGAUGUGAGAAGGCAGGGCAGAGAGGACAGACAGAUCACUUGGCAGUGAGGAGGAGAGACACAGGCUAGAGAGAGACAGCAGGUUGAGGCAGACUUCUGGGAGAUGGGACACAUGCAAGCAGGUUGAUAUGCACAGGGCUGAGGGCCAGCAGAGAAGUUGAAGACCCUCAGGAGGUGGUUGGGGACUGGUUCCAGAGCAAACCUGCUCGAGGGUGGGUCAGGGCAAUGACCCAACUUACCUAGUUCUUGCAUAUGUGUCUCUUUCCUUUCCUUUCUGAGUGAGGAGGGAGGUGGUAGGUUACAGAGCUUGAGGAGAAUAGUAACAUUUGGAAAUACCUCUUGUAGGAAAUGGGAGAGAGUUGAGAAAGAGCCCAUGUGAGGAUUCCCAAGAAAUCCUGGAGGACUUUAUUCAGUAACCCAGGCUCUUGAGCAAAUGGGUGGAUUGUUGUACUGAUUCAGGAUUGAGGUUUCGUCAUCUGGAUGAGAUGGAAGGAACCAAAGGUCAGGGAGCUGAGGAACCCACGAGAGAGCAGCUGUGAGGAUGGUCUGUGGGGCCCAGGUACUGGGGGACAGAUACAGGCAGGAGAGGGCAGGUGGAGCGAGAGGAAGGCGCAAGGGCCCAGGAACUCUAAAGACGAACAGCAGCUCUUGCUGGAGUGUCGGAUGCUUGGCCUUCCUGCCGUUCCUGAGGAUAUUCUGCUCGAAUGUGACCUCUGCAUUCUUAGAGUGUUCUUUUACUUUCCUAUAAGGAGUGGUACUGGUCAAUUUUUGCUAGAUUAUGUUGAGAUAACAACCCCCAAAACAGAGUGUCUUACUAUGAUAAAAGUCACUUUUUCAUGUUUUUUGUCACCUGGGGUCAGCGGGGACUCUGCCUCUGGUGCUUUCACCUGGCUUCUUCAUUUGGUUCCUCUCCUUCCUCAGUAAGGUGGCCGUGUGUCCCGGCUUGCCCAGGUUGGCCCAGCAUAACUGUUAAUAGUGCUCCUUCUGGAAGCGUCCCAGUUUAGGUGACUAAUAUGUGGUUAUACUGCAUCAAAAAUGGUGAGGAGUCAUCACUUAUGGAAGGUUUUGGGAAAAAUGAGCACAGAAGUGUACCAAUGGAAGGCAUUUCUUCCUUCACUGGUUUCCCAAUGUUACAAGUAAAAUUCAAGUGGAGGACUGAUGUGCCACUCACUGAUGUGCCACUCACCAGACACACGUUAGAAUUGUCACCCAGAGGUGAGUGCGAGCCACCUGCGUUUAGGCAGAGGAGCAGGAGGAAGGAGGCGUGGUGACCCUCCGAACACUAACAGCCCAUUUAUGAGCUGCGGCCCUGCAGCUGGGAGGGAGGGAAGCAGAGGCAUGAAAUACCCAUAAGGUGGCAGUUUCACCAGGGGUGUGUCAUUGCGUGGCAGCGGCUGGCACCAGAAUGUGGCAUUGAGGCAGGGCUAGUGCCCAGAGUGCACACCUGGCGUGGACACCGUUGGAGUGUCCAGGAUGGCUCUGAGCUGCCUGCACAGCCUGUCCCCCUGCAUAACCCUGGCUAUGCCAAAGAAAUAGUUCAGUGAAUUAGCCCUGGUGUCUUCAUGGUCAAAGGUGACAUCACAUUCCCCUUCUGAAGAGAAGCUCCUGGCACAGGAAGAUGCCUCAGGAUUGGGUACCCCUGAGUCUCACCUUCUAGAAUUUUCUCAGAAGUUCUGAUCGAUGUCAAGCUUCACACCCUCUCUAAAGGAAUUUCUCUUUAGUAUCAUAAGAGUUAGCUUUAUGGAAUAUGGUUAAUUUUUAUCUUUAGCAAAAGUUUGUCUGUUGUUUAUUUCAAAGCCAUCAGAAAGUAUAAUACAGGUUUCUCACAGAAAUCUCAUUUUGUCUCCUAGUUGCAGAAUAAAUGUAGUAUAUUUGCAAAGGGAAUGUUUUUCUUUAUACUCAAAGCAUUUCCAUUCAUAUUUUGCCUGUCCCAUUCACCUACUUAGCCCUUGACAUCUGAUUUAAGUCACAGUGGCAUUUUCCUGGCAAGAACAAUGCUUGGUUCCCUGUGCAGAGUGUCCGUGUAUCAUUAUGACCCUGGCUUCUGCAGAGCCUGCCCCACCUUCAGCUCUGGGGCCUUGUGGAGGAAGGCUCAACUACCACACUGGACUCCUGGGAGGCAUGUGACUGCUGGGCCAGGGCUUCCCCCUGGGCACACCUGUCUGGGAAUAAAGAGGCCAGUCUCCUUCCCCAGCUUUCCAAAAGCAGCACAGAUUUAGUCCCCUUCGCAUGUACAAUGUUCAAGACAGCAGCUAGUUGGGAUUCUCACUGGCAGUCUUGGUUUUUGAGGAAUGGAGCGCUGUUUGCAUCUUUCUGCCUUGUCUUCCUGCUUUCAUUCCUUUGCCUUUUCCAACUGCUUCCAGAUAAGAGAGCACCCUGUUCAUGCAGCCAGGUGCUUGUAGACCACUGUACUGCACUGCUCCUUCUGGGCGGGUUAAAUAAGCAGAAGGCCACAUGGCCAUCUCUGGCCCACCCAGCACCAGGUAUGGCAGCUGUCACCUACACCUGCAGGCCCUGAAAGUGUGGUUACCAAUCACCUGCUUCAGAAGCACCUGGGAGGGGUGCUUGUUAGAAAUUUGGACUCCACGGCCCCACUGCAGACCCCUAAAGCAGAACCUAGAGGGGGUCCUCGAAGUCCCCAUUUGUAACACAUUCCCAGGGAAGUCUUAUGCACAUGACAGUGUAUGAAGCACUCUGUGAGGCAGUAGCAUAGUGUGAAUGUGUGGAAUCUGGAGGCUGUGCCACUUACUGAUGAGGUGAUUGGCUCCAACAUCUACUGUUGCUGAGUCUUUGCAUCUUCAUUGUAAAUGGAAGGAGCACCUGCCUACCUUAGGCAGGUAUGAAACAAAAUGAGAUUCUAAAAGUAGAAAGUCUUUAAAGGUUCUAACACAAUUGUGUUAUUUAUAGGAAUCAGGGAUGGAGGGAGGAGAAGGGAAAGGGGAGAGAGAGCAAGAGGCCCGCUGCCUGGGUAUGGACAAUCAGAGUGUGUGGGCAGGUGGGUAGGGAGCGAUUCAUUCAUCUUGGUGAGGGGGGAGCCACCUGAGGUACUGGCGGAGAUACCAGGAGGUUUGCUACCAUGGUCCUGUUAGUUAAAGUUUAUUUCUAGAAUAUGAAAUUAGGAGGUUUUAGAAAGUGGUUUGUCUUUUUUUUUUAAUUGUAAAAACAACAUAAAAUUUACCGUCUUACCAAUUUUUAAUGUAGAGUUCAAUAGUGUCUAUUCACAAUUGUUGUGAAAUAGAUCUGCAGAAUUUUUUCAUCUGGCAAAUCUGAAAUGCUGUACCACUGAACCCCUACCCUCUCUCCUGACCCUGCUCCUGGCAACCACCCUUCUACUUUGUUUCUAUGAAUUUGACUUUGAUACCUCGUGUUGGUGGAAUCAUACCUGAGUUGUCUUUUUAUGACUGAUUUGUUAUACUUAGUAUAAUGUCCUCAAGGCUCAUGCAUGCUGUAGGCCUGUGAUGGGAUUCCCUUCCUUUUUAAGGCUGAAUAAUAUUCCUCUGUAUACAUAGGCUGCAUUUUGUUUAUUCAUCCAUCAGCAGACAUUUGAGUUGCUUUCACCUCUUGGCUAUUCUGAAUAAUGUUGCUCUGAACAUGGGUGGGCAAAUACCUCCUUGAGACACUGCUUUCAGUGCCUCUGGGUGUGCUUCUGUAUCCAGAAGUGGGACUGCUGGGUCUUUCUUCUUCAAAAUUGGCCGUCAGUCCUGCAGCUCUUGGAGCAGCCUGGUCACUCACUUCACUCAGUGGCGAAGGCUCUCCUGUUCAUCUGAGGAAACGAGUUUUGUUUUUCUAAAAAACAGUUCACAAAGUUGUAAACUUGGGGCCAACUCUCUUUGCUCGGAUAAGGAGGUAAGGUCAGACAGCGCCUCCUGAGCUUCAGGACCUAGCCUUAUACAAGUGGCCAUACAGAGUGCCACAUACUUCUUGGCACUACCCUAGUGAGUCUGCAGCUACUCAGAAAGAAGCGUUUUUUAUUUUUAUCACUUUAAAAUUGAAGUAGAGUUUAUAUACAAUAUUACAUUGGUUUCGGAUGAAUGACUUAGUGAUUUUUCAAUUAUAUACAUUAUGAAAUGCUCACCAUGGUAAGUGUAGUUACCAUCUGUCAUCAUACAAAAGUACUACAGUACUAUGAGCUAUGUGCUCUAUGCUAUACUUCCAUCCCUGUGACUAAGUUAUUUUACAGUUUGAAGUUUCUACCUCUUUAUCACCCGUUUCUCCCUGCUCCCCUAAUAACCAACUGUUCUCUGUGUUUAUGAGUCUAUUUCUGUUUUGGGUUGGUUGGUUUGUUUUCAGAUCCAUGUCUAAAUGAAGUCAUGUAGUAUUCAUCUUUUUUCUGACUUAUUUCACUGAGCAUAAUACCCUCUAGCUCCAUCUGUGUUGGUGCAAAUGAUAGGAUUUGUUUUCUUCUUAUGGCUGACUAAUAUUCCAUUGUAUAUGUACCACAUCUUCUUAUCUAUUCAUCUUUUGAUGGACCCUUCAGUUGCUUCUCUAUCUUGGCUGUUGUAAAUAAUGGCAUGAUAAAUUGGGAGUGCAUAUUUUUUUUGAAUUAAUUAUUUUGUUUUCUUCAGGUAAAUUCCCAGAAGUAGAAUUACUGGGUCAUAUGGUAUUUCUGUUUUUAGUUUUUUGAGAAACCUUCAUACUGCUUUCCACA